GGCGGUAUUGCAUGAUGAAAACAUUUUGAUGCGCUGCGCCACACUGCCACAGUGUGUCUUUCUCCUUUCAAACUUACCAUCCCGCGUGCGUGAAGCGGAAUACAUGGCAGCUAGACAACAUCUCUCAUCUCAGUAGAGGAGUGAAAACAAUGCCACUGACCCCAGGUGCAUCGUGUUUAUGAGAUUUACCCAAAUCAUCGACACGCCGUAUACGCGGAGCUGGACGGGACAGGUGUGCGGAGUGCAGGGCUUCGUAACAAAGAAGAAAAUAUCACAAAUCCGAUUCAAUUGAAAGUUUUAGACAUAUUAUAAACAUUGGGACGCUGCGGCAGUCAUGCGCUUCGCUGGAUUUCUGAUGCGUUUCUGACGCGUUUCCUCCGUGCGUAAAAACGCAGCAGUAUCAGCGAAUUCCAAGAGUGAUUUCAGUACAACAUCACAACCUGCGAGUGAUCACUUCAUACACGAGGACCACAGUGUUUUUAUACAAGUGCACUGCUGUUUGCAUUCGUACUUAUGAUAACUCGUGAUCGCAUCUAUUAGCGAAUGGCUAAAUACAUUUAGACGACCAUUUGCACUUGAUCUGUUGUGGAAAUCAUAAGGAGAGGACCAUGUUGAUGAAGGAAUACAGGAUAUGCAUGCCACUUACCGUGGAAGAGUACAGGAUCGGUCAGCUGUACAUGAUCAGCAAGCACAGUCACGAGCAGAGCGAGAGAGGAGAGGGUGUGGAGGUGGUCCAGAACAAACCCUAUGAAGACCCCACUUACGGCUCGGGGCAGUUCACAGAGAAACGCAUUUAUCUUAACAACAAGCUGCCCAGCUGGGCCAGAGCUGUGGUGCCCAAAAUCUUCUAUGUGACGGAGAAAGCAUGGAAUUAUUAUCCUUACACCAUCACCGAGUACACAUGUUCUUUCCUGCCGAAGUUCUCCAUCCAUGUAGAGACCAAGUAUGAGGACAACAAAGGCUGCAAUGACAACAUCUUUGAUACAGAGCUCCGAGAUGAAGAAACAGAGGUGUGUAUAAUCGACAUCGCCUAUGACGAAAUCCCAGAGCGAUACUAUAAGGAGUCCGAGGACUUGCGGCACUUUAAAUCAGAGAAGACGGCACGAGGUAUGCUGCAGGAGGGCUGGAAAGACACGCAGGAACCCAUCAUGUGCUCCUACAAGCUAGUGACAGUGAAGUUCGAGGUGUGGGGACUGCAGACACGCGUGGAGCAGUUUGUGCACAAGGUGGUACGGGACGUUUUGUUGCUGGGCCACAGACAAGCCUUUGCCUGGGUUGAUGAGUGGAUUGACAUGACGAUGGAAGAGGUGAGAGAAUAUGAACGAGCCACUCAGGAAGCCACCAAUAAGAAGCUGGGGACCUUUCCCCCGGCUAUUUCCAUCAGCGAGACGCCCCUGCCGGCGUGUGCUCGUAGCGGACCGUCCAGUGCGCCCUCUACACCCCUGUCCACAGAGGCCCCAGACUUCCUCCCUGUGCCCAAGGACAGACCACGGAAGAAGUCUGCUCCAGAGACUCUGACUCUACCCGACCCGGUGCGGAGAGACUCCGGCUUCCGCCUUCCAAGCCUGUUUUCUUGGGGUUCCAGCUCCCCACAACCCGAGUGAUCCAUAGUGCCACGUUUUUGACAAUAGCCCCCAAGUAAAUGUCAAGAGAAUUAUACAGUUGCCCAAACACACACGCGCGCACACACACACACACACACACACACACACACACACACAGAGUGGCUUAUGAACAUGUGCAAGCUCAUGUUUUAUGCCAAGUUUAUUUACAAUAGGCCAAAAAGUGCUUUCUGACAAAACUGCAGAUCAAUGGUAAUUAUAUCUCAGGAGCUGACAUUUCUCUGUUUUCGUUUUUCUUACCGCUGAGCCAUUUUCCUCCAGAUGUCGAACACUGUAAUAUGAAGGAUUUAUAGUGAUUGUUGAUUUGCCGUAGUGACGUAUCUAAUGAUAGCUCUGCUCAGUCAAUAUAGUUCAGUCGUGAUAUUUUGUUAAACCCUUACCUCAGGCUUCUAGAUUUUUCAAUCGAAACGAAUGGAUUAUACACGUACUGUAAAUAUCUCAUCAUUUAUAGGAAUGUAAAGUCAAUUUGAUAGCCGUUUUACUAUGCUCAUGUCUUUAACUUUGAUCUGUCCCAUUCCCGUGGGCUCUGAAAACCAGUUAAGCCCAGUUCUACUGUAGUACUUUUGCUUGGUCUGUUAGUGGACGGUAGAAACUGGCACUCGUCUGUACAUAGUUUAUCUUCAUGAUAUAUUGGUUAGUUUGAGGAGCAUCUGCCAUGUAAUUGAUAACCCUGUUCUUUAUAUAUGUUAUGUUCAUGGUUUGCUUUAUUGUCUUGCAUUAUUAUCCAUGUAUAGUAAAUGAAAACCUUAAUGAAUGCUUGGUUGCAUUAGAAUGUUGUGUAAUGAACAUGCUGUAAGGAACGUGUGCUGCUGCUGGCCAAUGUACACUAUGUAAAUUGAAAAGCUUUUGCCUGUACUCUUGCUGGUUCAUGCAUAUCAGUUUCGAACACUUUUCUAUAGCAUUCAGAAAUGCACAUGCCAAUUCUUGGGAAAUCAUUGCUGUUGAUGUCAACUUCCAUUGUGAAAUUAAAGCAUUUGCUAUCUAUUUGGA